UCCGAGACCAGCCACAGUGCCCGAGACUUGGCGAGGAUCAGGCUCUGGGUCCGCCCCUCGCAACUACCGCCCGAACUGGAGCAGCAAUACUGGGAGUGUGGGCCUGAUUGGGCCCUAGCCUCCGGGUCUCUCUGCGUGGGGCUGAGCCUCGCCGCUCGCUGCAGGUCACCGCAAUGCGUGCUAGGGUUGCCUGCAGUGCAACCACCCCAGGGAGGGGCCCUGCAUGGGUGACAGAACCCAGCUGGAAGGACCAUUCUACUCAUUGUGACCCGCCGUGACUUCAGAGAUAGCCUACCUACCGCCAGGUCUGAGAAGCUGGGGGAGCCUAACCUGGCAGGGAGCCCCCAAUGAGCCACCUUUCCUCACCACCCCCAAAACAUAAGGGGGAGCACAAAGGCCACGGUCUCCCCCGUGGUUCAGAAAGGGGUAGCUCCUCCCGGGACAAGGACCGAAGUGCUACAGUUAGUAAUUCAGUGCCCAUGCCUGCUGGAGGAAAGGCUAGCCGGACCAGCUGUCCUCCGCCCACACCUCAGAAGGCCCCCAACCGUCUAAUCCAUGAGAAGUCACCCUACCUCCUGCAGCAUGCCUACAACCCGGUGGACUGGUACCCUUGGGGACAGGAAGCCUUCGACAAGGCCAAAAAAGAAAACAAGCCAAUUUUCCUCUCAGUGGGGUACUCCACCUGCCACUGGUGUCAUAUGAUGGAGGAGGAGUCCUUCCAGAAUGAAGAGAUCGGGCGCUUGCUCAAUGAGGACUUUGUCAGUGUGAAAGUGGACCGAGAGGAGCGGCCAGAUGUGGACAAAGUGUAUAUGACUUUCGUGCAGGCCACCAGCAGCGGAGGGGGCUGGCCGAUGAAUGUGUGGCUGACCCCCAGCCUUCAGCCAUUUGUCGGGGGCACCUACUUCCCACCAGAGGACGGUCUGACUCGCGUCGGCUUCCGAACAGUGUUGAUGAGAAUCCGCGAGCAGUGGAAACAGAACAAGAACACCCUUCUGGAAAACAGCGAGCGUGUCACCACAGCCCUUCUGGCCCGAUCUGAGAUCACCAUGGGUGACCGACAACUGCCGCCCUCUGCUUCCACCAUGAACAGCCGCUGCUUCCAGCAACUGGAUGAAGGCUAUGAUGAGGAGUAUGGCGGUUUUGCUGAGGCCCCCAAGUUUCCCACACCUGUGAUCCUGAGCUUCUUGUUCUCCUAUUGGCUCAGUCACCGGGUCACCCAGGAUGGCUCUCGGGCUCAGCAGAUGGCCUUGCAUACCCUGAAAAUGAUGGCCAACGGGGGCAUCCGGGAUCAUGUGGGGCAGGGCUUUCACCGGUACUCCACGGACCGCCAGUGGCACAUCCCCCACUUCGAGAAGAUGCUCUAUGACCAGGCGCAGCUAUCGGUGGUCUAUUCCCAGGCCUUCCAGAUCUCUGGUGAUGAAUUCUACUCUGAUGUGGCCAAAGGCAUCUUGCAGUAUGUGAGCCGGAGUCUGAGCCAUCGGUCCGGAGGUUUCUACAGUGCCGAGGAUGCCGAUUCUCCUCCAGAGCGGGGCAUGAAGCCAAAAGAGGGUGCGUUCUACGUGUGGACAGUCAAAGAGGUCCAACAGCUGCUCCCAGAGCCUGUGGGAGGCGCCAGCGAGCCACUGACCUCGGGCCAGCUCCUAAUGAAGCAUUAUGGACUCAGUGAGGCAGGCAAUAUCAGCAGCUCCACUCAGGACCCCAAGGGGGAGCUGCACGGCCAGAAUGUUCUAAUGGUGCGGUAUUCGCUGGAGCUGACUGCAGCCCGCUUUGGCCUAGAGGUAGAAGCCGUGAGCACAUUGCUCAACGCGGGGCUGGAGAAGCUCUUCCAGGCCCGGAAACAUCGACCAAAAGCACACCUGGACAGCAAGAUGCUGGCCGCCUGGAACGGCCUGAUGGUGUCUGGCUUUGCUGUGACGGGGGCUGUCCUGGGCAUGGAUAAGUUGGUCACUCAGGCCACCAACGGCGCCAAAUUCCUCAAGCGGCACAUGUUUGAUGUGGCCAGUGGCCGCCUGAAGCGGACAUGUUAUGCAGGCACCGGGGGAACGGUGGAGCACAGUAACCCACCCUGCUGGGGCUUCCUGGAGGACUAUGCCUUCGUGGUGCGGGGCCUGCUGGACCUGUAUGAGGCCUCACAGGAGAGCUCGUGGCUCGAGUGGGCUCUGCGCCUGCAGGACACACAGGACAGGCUCUUCUGGGAUUCCCGAGGUGGUGGCUACUUCUGCAGUGAGGCUGAGCUGGGAGCGGACCUGCCUCUUCGUCUAAAGGACGACCAGGAUGGUGCAGAGCCCAGUGCCAACUCUGUGUCUGCCCACAACCUGCUUCGGUUGCAUGGCUUCACUGGCCACAAGGAUUGGAUGGACAAGUGUGUGUGCCUGUUGACUGCCUUCUCGGAGCGCAUGCGCCGUGUCCCGGUGGCAUUGCCUGAGAUGGUCCGUGCACUCUCAGCUCAACAGCAGACUCUCAAGCAGAUUGUGGUCUGUGGAGAUCCUCAGGCCAAGGACACCAAGGCCCUGAUACAGUGCGUCCACUCCAUCUACCUCCCUAACAAGGUGCUGAUUCUGGCAGAUGGAGACCCAUCGAGCUUCCUGUCCCGACAACUGCCCUUCCUGAGCACCCUUCGACGAGUAGAAGACCGGGCCACCGUCUACGUUUUUGAAAACCAAGCCUGUUCCAUGCCUAUCACUGAGCCCUGCGAACUACGGAAGCUACUACACCAGUAACUGCCCAGAACCCUUUGAGCUGGGCCAGAAGGCAGAAAUUUCCAGCUGACCAGAGACUUAGGCCUUGCAAGACUAUCCCCUACAGCCACCACUGGGAACCCUGCCACCAGGUGAUGACAGCCACUCUUGUAGCUCCCCCAUGGGCACCGGCUUACCACGAAAUAAACCUAACAGUGUCCUGUGGUGACCUUGAGACCCUAGCUUCUCUUGCUCUGGCCUGGGACC